CAGACAGAACAGCUUCAUCCUGCGGGUCCAACAGGAUAGGACUCCCCUCACACGGUUCCUGUCGUUAUGGCGUCCAGAACCAAAUGGGGGGCGGUGAAGGAGCAUCUGACCAAAAGCCCAGGUGACGACCCGGAUGCGCUGCUGGAGGCGAACCUGGAGAACGCCGACCCCGAGCUGUGCAUUCGCCUGCUGCAGGUCCCCACCGUGGUGAACUACUCGGGUCUGCGGCGACGGCUGGAGGCCAGUAAGGAGUCCUGGAUGGUCCAGUUUCUGGAGCUGCGGGGUCUGGACCUGCUGAUGGAGGCGUUGGAGCGCCUGUCGGGUCGCGGCUGCGCCCGGAUCGCCGACACUCUGCUGCAGCUCACCUGCGUGGCCUGCAUCCGCGCCGUGAUGAACUCGUCUGCAGGACUGCACUUCAUCCUGGACAACGAGGGCUACGUCAAGACCCUGGCCCAGGCUCUGGACACGUCCAACGUGAUGGUGAAGAUGCAGGUGUUUGAGCUGCUGGCGGCGCUCACGCUCUUCGACCCUCAGGGCUGUCGCCUGACCCUGGCUGCCCUGGAGAACUACAAGAGCCUGAAGAAGCAGCAGUACCGCUUCAGCGUGAUCAUGAACGAGCUCCACGGCACCGACAACGUCCCGUUCAUGGUGGCGCUGAUGGGCAUGAUCAACGUUCUGGUUCUGGGACAAGAGGAGCUGCGGAGGAGGGUCCGGCUGCGACACGAGUUCAUCGGGCUGCAGCUGCUGGACCUUCUCCCCAAACUGAGGGACACUGAGGACGAGGACCUGACCAUCCAGUGUGAUGCGUUUGAGGACUCCAUGGCUGAGGAUGAGGAGGAGAUGGAGAGACUGUACGGAGGGAUUGACAUGACCAACCACCAGGAGGUGUUUAACUCGCUCUUCACCAAGGUGUCCAGCUGUCCGUCCUCUGUCCAGCUGUUGUCCAUCCUUCAGGCCUUGUUGAUGGUGGAUUCGGACCGAGCCGACAUCUGGUUGGCUCUGGAGACGCUGACCGAGCGAGCCACCCUGCUGGCCCAGGACUCUGAGUCAGCUUCAGGUGACUCACUGCUUGAUAGGCUCCUCCCCAAAAAAUCUAUUUCAUCCAAUCAAAAGAUCAGAACUUUUGACAGGGGGGUACAGACUCUGCGGUCAGAUGGCGCUCCUCGCCAAUCAGAGCCACUCAGAGAAGGCACCGCAAAACUCAUCAGUUCAGCAUCGCCAGAACUGGCUCCACCCACUUCCACAAUUUGUGCUCCCCCUUUACCUGGCGUCGGAGUUCCACCCCCUCCUCCUCCACCUCCACCUUUACCUGAAGUCGGAGUUCCUCCUCCUCCUCCACCACCACCACCUUUACCUAGCAUGGGAGCUCCACCCCCUCCUCCUCCACCUUUACCUGGCAUGGGAGCUCCACCCCCUCCUCCUCCACCACCACCUUUACCUGGCAUGGGAGCUCCACCCCCUCCUCCACCUUUGCCUGGCAUGGGAGCUCCGCCCCCUCCCCCACCUUUACCUGGCAUGGGAGCUCCGCCCCCUCCUCCAGGUGACUUCAUCACCGCCCAGAAGGCUCCAGGUACAUUCGCUAGCCCCGCCUAUUACAUAAGCCCCACCCCCUGCCCGACCCUCAGAAUGAAGAAGUUGAACUGGCAGAAACUCCCAUCCAGAGCCGUGACACAAAAUCAGUCCUUGUGGUCGUCGGCAGGCUCGGACGUCGUGGAACCAGAUUACUGCUGCAUCGAGCAGCUCUUCAGCCUCCCCCCAACAGAAACAAAAACCACAACCAAAACCAAAGCAGAGGCAAAAGAGAUUUCCUUCAUCGAUGCCAAGAAAAGCCUGAACCUCAACAUCUUCCUGAAACACUUCAAAUGUACACAUGAGGAGUUUGUGUCUCUGAUUCGGACGGGAGACCGAUCCAAGUUUGACGUGGAAAUCCUAAAACAGCUGAUGAAACUUCUUCCAGAAAAACACGAGAUAGACAACCUGAAGUCUAACCAGGCAGACCAGCACAAGAUGGCGUCAGCGGACCAGUUUUACCUGAAGUUGCUGGAUGUCCCCAGUUACACGCUGAGGAUCGAGUGCAUGCUGCUGCGAGAGGAGAGCAGCUGUGCGUUGGACACCCUGAAGCCCCGAGCUGAGCUUCUGGACCGGGCCUGCCAGAGUUUAAGGGAGAGCUCUCGGCUGCCCAGCUUCUGCAAACUCAUCCUUAGUGUGGGGAACUUUCUCAACUAUGGGACCCACACUGGGAACGCUGAAGGCUUUAAGAUCAGCACUCUGCUCAGACUGACAGAAACCAAAGCCAACAAGUCCAGGAUUACGCUGCUGCACCACAUCCUGGAGGAGGUGGAGGAGAACCAUCCUGACCUGCUGAACCUGCCCGAUGACCUGCUGAUCUGUGAAAAGGCUGCUGGGGUGAACGUGGAGUCGAUUCAGGCCGAAGCCAACGCUCUCUCCACACAGCUGAAAAAUUCUGAGAAGAAAGUUUUGUGUUCCUCUGAGGAUGUGAAGGAGCAGUACCUGAUCCCCAUCCAGGAGAGCCUGCGGGCGUGUGAGCAGCUACAGCAGGUGAUGUCAUCGGUGGAGGACAGGAGGCGGGACUUGGCCGACUACCUGUGCGAGGACGGCGGCAGCUUCUCCCUCGACGAGCUCUUCAGCACCAUCAAGACCUUCAGAGGCCUCUUCACGCGAGCACUCAAGGAGAACGAGAGCCGUAGGGAGCAGGAGACGAAGAGAAGGAAACGAGAAGAGGAGAAGAAACUCAAAGGAGACACAAACGUCAAGAUCGUCAGGAAGGACGUGAACCAGCAGGACGGAGGCUGCAUCAUCGACAACCUGCUGGCUGAGAUCAGGAAAGGCCACAACCUGAGGAAAACAAGAACGCAGUCCGAGAGGGGCAGCCGAGGCCUGGGGAAUCCCACAGUCAUGCAGAGGUCAAAGGCCGUGGAUGAACCUGAUUCUUCUCUUCCUGGACAGUCACCAGAGUUCUCAGAGGGGGUCCAGGUCCCCAAAGCUCCGUCCACUGAAUCAAGUCCAGAGCCAGGACCUGCUGAGCCAGACCAGGAGGCCUCAGAGACCCAGAAUCUUGCUGAACCCUCCGCCUCAUCUGUUACUGCUGCUGAUACUGAGAAGAACCAGAGCCCAAAUGGGAUCCAGAACCCCAAGGUGGACUCUGCUGGCAUCAAGACCAGAAGUCCUGCAAGACAAGAGGAAGUCCAGCUCAGCUCAGAAGAUCCAGCAGAAAACAAAGACUUGAACUGUUUGAGUGGAGUUGAGGAGUCAGACUUUGAGGAGAUCACCACGACAGAAGUACAAGAAGCUGAAGAGACGAGCAGUAAAGGCCCAAGUUCUGGUCCAGGUUCUGGUCCAGGAUCUGGUCUGGCUGUACCAUCAGAUUCACCAAAGAUCAGCUCAGCAGGGCCCAACGACUGCAUCGGAGGGAGGCAGGCCAGAAAGAAGAAAGUUUGUGCUUUACAGUGAGUUCCAGGUGAGCAGAGGACUCGUCUCCAUGGCAACAGGACUGACUGCAGAGAUGUGGGAAAAUAAAUAAAUAAAAUAAAGUGAACCAAUAAUACCUGAAGUGAGAAGAACGAGAAGUUCAUAAGGUUUGAAUCUCCUCGGUAACACGAGUCUGUGUGAGAUGACAAGUCACCUGGACAGACAGGUGAUGUGGGCGGAGCUUCAUAUUUUAUUUAAUUCAUUUUUUAAGAGUCCACUUCCUGCCACAUGAACUCUGAGUGACC